AUGGAAGAAUUACAGGCGCCCACGGUGCUCAGCGAAGAUUUGUAUGAUGAUCCAUCUCAGCUCUCCCAGGCCCUCCGGCAGCGGGACUGCAGCGAUAAGCCAUUCCACUUCACCACCUCGACCGAGACUCAGCACUCAACCUGCCACAGCGCCGCAGCCUUGCUCCAUCGGCCUGUUUCUCCGCGACGCGCCGCACCCGCAGAACAUGUCAAGCCCGUUCUGUCCAAACACCACAACGCACCCACCAGCACAGGCACCAGGACAGAAACCUCGGGAACAGCGAAGAUGUUCAGUUUCAACAUCAUGGAUGCGCCAGGAGACACCCAACCGGACAGCCAGAUGCUAAAGACAUGGACGAGCGGCGUCUACUCGACAACGACCGAGGGGAAAGACAUUGCCUAUCCCAAGUCGCUCUUCAUUGAGCAGGACGAGGACAGUGGCGAUGGCCUACCCACAGACGACAUGGACAUGGUCGCAUCGAGUCAAGAAAACCACAUUCCUACACCCACCAGUCCCACUAGAGUCGACACCGAUGAUGGUGGUUUUGCGCAGAACAGCCUCGCACCCACGAGUCCGUUCAAGUUUCAGACACCCGCAUUGGCAGGUAGAGCGGGGGACAGCUCGGGUCAGAUACUCAGCUCUGAAGCCCAAUCGAUCACAACACCUGGCCCCGUCGCUUCCACCAACUUCUUCUUUCCCUCGUUGAGCAAUGCUGGCGAAGGGCUUAGUGCGCAGCCCAUUUCCCUUACACAAGUGUUCAACAACACCCAGGCGCCCACCUCCCCUGCAGCAGGCGGCGGCGCCACUGAUGAUAUUGUCUUUUCGCGCCCCUCUCCAGACUUCACGCAUGUGCGACACUCGAGUCCAAUACCAGCGUACUCGAGUCCCAUCAAAGCCACUCAACCUGAAACUCCAAAAUCUGACCCCGUUGUGCGAUCUUCCAGUGAACCACGAACCGAGUACGUCACAAUGAAAGAAUCACAGGAGAGACGAAAAUUGUCCGUAGGAGAUGAGCACGGGACUCUGGUUCAACAGGACAGUUGGGAAGAGCUAUCUCGCAGAGUCAAGGCCGAAAAGGCAACACAGCAUGCCCACCGCCAGGUUGCCAGAUCUUUAUCAAGUGUCUCUGUGCCAACACCUGUAUUCUCGAGGUCAUCUAAGAGGGGCAUAACGAAUACUGACCAUACAUCACCCGUCAAGUCAAAGACAUCGCGAGGUGGAGUGGAUUGUGAGGUAGAUGGCGAUGAUGUCACAAUGGACGAUCAGUCGCAACCCGCGACGGUGAAUGAAGUGAAUAAGCACAAUGCAGAACACCCCGCCAAUGAACCAGUAGAAAGCGUGCGUGACGCCGCACGGACUGGUGGGAGAUGUAACAGCCACGACAAUAUUGUACAGGUGCCUAAGACCUCUUCACAUCCUUACCGGACUCCUUCAGGCCAACUCUCGCGGGACUCUACUCAACCAGCCACUCAGUCUUCGCUCAUGCACCCAGAACAUCAACCGCAAGUGAUUGGAUCGCAAGAGAAUUUACGUGCGCUAUUCCAGCCACACAGCAGUAGAGAGUCGGUAGCCGUCAUGGACUCUCAACCGGACGCCACUGUUGAUUUCGACAGCGUUCCACGACCCAAAUCACUUCGCUUUCCUUCGUCGCCAUCUACGAAUCAAUACAGUAUUAAUCAGACUACAAUGGCCACUAAGACUGGAUAUACAAGUCAGGUUAUUUCAUCCUCCAUGCCGCCGAUGCCACCCAAGUCUAGCCCCGAAGAAAACGUGACAAACGACGGUGAAGAACGCGUACCCAGCAGCCCGCCACUCUUACCACCUGAUGAUGCUGAGGUUGGAGAUGGCGAUGUGGAAUACGAUGAACAUACUUACGAUGAAUAUACCGAGGGCGCUGGAGGCCGAAUCUCAGUAUCACCAAUCGUUGACGAGGACACGCUUAUGGAUGAAGAGGACGAUUUACCAGUAAAGGAAAGAGUGGAAGGAGAAACCGUGACUGAGAACCACGGUGUCCAGCGAGAUGAAGACGAAUUAGAGUCGGCCAAGCCGGGUGAGGCGGAUCUGGAAACGCAUCAAGCACCAGAGGCUUUGGAGCAAGCACAGCGCAAUGCAACAACAGGGCAGCCAAAACCGCCGCGUAUGAAGCGUCAGGAUACCAUUCCGGAGACAGAUGCGCUUGACGAGACACAGCCGUCGUUCUUCACAGACGAGAACUUGGAACAAGUUGCAGGGGGCGACACCGCCAUGGGAAAUGAUGCCAACAGUACUGGACCUUUUCAGGCAGCUCAAGAAAAGCAUCGCGGGUCCCAAUCCAACAUGCCGGCGCCCAUUAGCUCAAGGGAUAACGGAAGUGAUGCAAUUGCAGAAAGUAACCGCAUCCGAUGCUUAGAUGACAUCUACAAUCUCCCCGAGACUCAAUUUUCAGCAGCCGAAGAAGACGUAGAAAUGCCUCAAUUGAGUGGGACGGAGGAUGAUGAUGGCGACAUCUUCAUGCGACAUACUCCGCCAGCUCUACCAUCUGCAAAGAGGCGCAAGGUCACAUAUACUGUCAAACGCAAAGCCUUUCGCGAUUCGCCCAAGAUAACAGCGGAUACGGAAUCGCUCUCAGAUCCUCCAUCGUCCUUUCCAGAACAGGUCCAGCCAGCGGUAGAGGAGAACCAGUCAACCGUAUCGAUUCAUGAGCCCGAAGACCAGGGUGCUCUUACGGCGGUUGAUGCAAGAGAAGAGGUGCGAUCUUCUUACACUCGAACAACCUCUUUGAAGUCCAGGGUUCUCCCGAGGCCGCCCAAAUUUCGUAACCAGAGGCAAGGGGCAUUGAAACCGGUUUCGAGAGAGCUCUUGCAAAGCGUGUCUUCACCAGCACAUUCUCCCCCAAUGUCAAGAGGCCGCCCUCGCACUCGAACGAGCUCGCCAGUUACACCUACAAAACCCCGGGAAGCUGCUGCAAAACAGUCAACUCAUGCCGAAUUGGCUCCUGCUGAUAGCGAAUUGGCCAUUCCUGUUAGCCCUGUUCCCCAGCCGGAUAAUGUUGAGAUAGCAGAAACUGUACCUCAACGAACUACGACACCACCGGAAGUUAUUGUGCCAAACAGAGUUUUUGCAGCCUGGCCUGGAAGUCACUAUUAUCCUGCUACAUAUAUUGGUCGCGCAACGCCUCGCCAACUUCAUAUUCGUUAUGAUGACGGGAACACCACAUCCAUAGACGCAACAAAUGUGAGAGCACUGGAUCUCCGUGUAGGUGACCUUGUGAAGGUGGAUGAGACGGGUAUGAAGAAGAACAUAUAUGUCGUGAUAGGCUUCAAAGAUAGGCUAGACGAUCUUGAUGGCGAAGAAUAUCCGACUACUGAUCAGCGCGGACACGCCACGGUUGUUCUCGAGGAGAAGUCAAGGGAGAGUUUACCGGAGGUCAGAUCAGCCCAGCCGGCUGAGCAUAUAUCCGUGCCCAUGGGCAGCAUCUACUUGACUUCUUCCCUCUGGAAGCGACUCCGCGAUCGAUCCUUUACCGUUUCACCACUCGUCUCACCAGCCAAAUCCACCUCGCGCGUUAGUACCUCUUUUGCAGACUCCUUUACCACUCCUUCAUUUACACGCCGUGGAACAGCAGCACCGUUGCUUCUCAAAGACGUCACCACGCGCGCUGCAUCUGUAGCGUCGACAGCCCGAUCAGGCAGUGGGGUGUUUACAAACAUGGCCUUUGUGCUCACUUCGACAACAGCAGAUGUGGAUAAGGACACUAUUACCAGACUUAUCAAAAGCAACAAUGGCCAGGUUUUGGAGCAUGGCUUCCACGAGCUUUUCGAUUAUGAGUCCGAAGGGGUCGCAAAUUCGCCUCAGCAUCGCCGUAGAUCAACUUCUGCUGUUGAAGGAUCUAGUGGACUCACACUCAAGCAUGCAUACAAGGACUUGGGCUUUGUUGCACUCAUUUCGGACGCCCACUCUCGCAGCACCAAGUAUGUUCAAGCUCUCGCGCUCAACAUUCCUUGUCUACACCUUCGCUGGAUCCACGAUUCACUCAACGCCUCUCGCGCUGCGCCUUUCACUCGCUACCUUUUACCCGCGGGCGUUUCAAAGUUCCUCGACCCGAACGGUGUGAUUCGCUCACGCACAAUAGUUCCUUACGAUCCAGCCAGCGACGAGGUUUCUUUUGCACAGAUGAUCCAAGACCGCGAUCUUCUACUUCGUGGUCAGAAUGUCCUCCUUGUGACUGGCAAAUCGAAAAAGGAAAUCGAAAAACGGCAACCAUUUGUCUUCCUUUCGCAUGCCCUUGGGUCCGCAACUGUUGGCCGCUGCACUGAUAUGGCUGCAGCAUCAGACAUGCUUUCCGACGGCAAAUGGGACUGGUUGUAUGUCGACAACGGUGAACGCGGUGUCGCCGAGGCAGCAGCUGCAUUACUAGGCACAGGAAAGCCCGCAUCAAGCAGCAAGCUCAAGAAGAGUGCGAAGAAGAGAAAGAGGGACACGGAAAGCGAUGUUCAAGAAGAUAUUCUCAUCAAAGCCGACAUUGGCGGUAAGACUGUAAGAAUCACAUGUGCCGAGUUUGUCAUCCAGAGCUUGAUAUUGGGUGCCUUGAUUGAGGAAUGA